AUGGGAGGCUCUGUGGUGUUAGGACUUAAUUACCUCCUAAUAGCUGUAGGGAUAAAGCCCCCCCAGCGCAGUCCGUACACCCCAACAGCCCCCUCUCAGUCCCCAGUCAUUACACCCCAACAGCCCCCUCUCAGUCCCCAGUCAUUACACCCCAACAGCCCCCUCUCAGUCCCCAGUCCGUACACCCCAACAGCCCCCUCUCAGUCCCCAGUCAUUACACCCCAACAGCCCCCUCUCAGUCCCCAGUCAUUACACCCCAACACCCCACUCUCAGUCCCCAGUCCGUACACCCCACUCUCAGUCCCCAGUCAUUACACCCCAACACCCCACUCUCAGUCCCCAGUCCCCCCCACAGCCCACCCAGCCCACCCAGCCCCACAGCCCCCACAGUCCCACAGGCCCCACAGCCCCACAGCCCCCACAGCCCCACAGCCCCCACAGCCCCCACAGUCCCACAGGCCCCACAGCCCCCACAGCCCCACAGCCCCCACAGUCACCACUGCCCCCACAGUCACCACAGCCCCACAGCCCCACAGGCCCCCACAGCCCAUCCAGCCCCACAGCCCCACAGUCCCCACAGUCACCACAGCCCCCACAGUCCCAACAGCCCCCACAGCCCCCACAGUCACCACAGCCCCACACCCCCCACAGCCCACACCCACCCAGCCCCUCAUACCCUCGGCCUCCAGAGCCCACACAGGCCCCGGCUCCUCGGGCCCCCACAGGCCCCCACAGGCCCCACAGCCCACCCAGCCCCUCAUACCCUCGGCCCCCACAGCCCCACAGCCCACACAGCCCACACAGCCCCUUGGCCGGCGUGGGAUAUACUUGUUUACCUUGGAACACCAGGCAGGAUUAGCAGAUGAAUAA